AUGUCCAAGUCUCCCAUUACCUGUCACGGGCACGGCGCUUAUUUGUUGAACACAGUGCUCGACGCUUCACAGGGCAAGCCCGCUGCUGGAGUCGAGGUGCGCCUCGAGCUUGUCAGCCUGUCAGGAGAAUCAACAGAAAGCUCAGCGAAAGUUCUCUCUUCGGGGGCGACAAACUCGGACGGCCGUUGCUCAGACCUGCUCUCGUCCGAGACGAAACUCCAGGCUGGUGUAUACAAGAUGGUCUUUGUAACCGGACCUUACUUCAAGGCUACAGAGACUAAAACAUUUUACCCGUUUGUUGAAAUCACUUUCAACUACGAAGACCCUUCCCAGCACUACCACAUUCCCCUCCUUCUCAGUCCUUUCUCCUACACCACCUAUCGGGGGAGCUAA